UGGGUUUGAGUGUCACAAGGGCCCCAGGGCUCUGUAUAGACUGAAUAAGUAGAGUGAAGUCAUCCUUGGAGCCUGGUCACACCCACCCCCAUUGGGCUGUGGCUGGAAUGGUAUGUUGCUUCAAGAGAGCCAUUUCCAACACAGGUGUGCCAAGAUGCUAGGGCCCUCCAGGUGGGGUGCACUCUGGAACCUUUAGCAGGGUUUAGCUUCUGGGCUCUGGCCUUUAGCAAGCCCUGAGGACCUCAGUAGGCUGGCAGGUGCCUGCUUCUCUCAGUUGUUUCUGUUCGUUGCCCCCCUCCAGAGCCUAUCCUGGAGUGCCUUCUUUGCAUUUAUUUUUGACUGGUUAAGUGGCCCAGUGCUCUGUCCUGUUUCCCAAUCCUUCUUUCAGAGUAUACAAGACCCUGCCUAUGAAGCCAAAACCACCGUCUGUACCCCAACACUGAAUUAAAUCUCGGAGACAGAGUUUUGGGUGAAGUAGAGAGGAAUAGCUUUAUUGCUUUGCCAGGCAAAGGGGGCCACAGCGGGCUAAUGCCCUCAAAACUCUGUGUCCCAACUUGGAGAGGGUAGUGAGAAGUUUGAUAGUAAUGGUUCAAGAGGGUGUGAUCAGCUCAUGGACAUUCUUCUGAUUGGUUGGUGGUGAGGUGAGUGGGAGUCAACAUCAUCAACCUUCUGGUUCCAGCGUUCCUGGGGUCUGCUUGCUUGUGGGCAGCAUACCAUCGUUAACCCGUUAACCACUGACUUCUCCCAUCUGGUGCGGGUUUCAGUAUCUGCAGAACAGCUCAAAGAUAUUGUUGUGUGUAUCCCUUGAUGGGGAACCAGGACCUUGCCCCAAGGCUGCACUAUGGUUUCUCUUUGACUGUUUCUCCUUUGUCUUGCAUCCCCUCCCUUCCCUAAUUAGCAACUGCAUGAAUCUGCCAGUUGGAACUCAGGGAAGGUCAUGGAGGCUGAAUGAAGCCUGUUUCCUGUAAUCAAAGAAAUGGGGAACACAGAAAGGCUUUUGUGCCUAGGAGCCCCACAGUGCCCGGUGAUUUGGGCAACCAGCUGGAGGCAAAGCUGGACAAGCCGACAGUCGUGCACUACCUCUGCUCCAAGAGGACAGACAGCUACUUCACACUCUGGCUGAACCUGGAACUGCUGCUGCCUGUCAUCAUUGACUGCUGGAUUGACAAUAUCAGGCUGGUCUACAACCGAACGUCCCGCACCACCCAGUUUCCUGAUGGUGUGGAUGUGCGUGUCCCUGGCUUUGGGAAGACCUUCUCACUGGAGUUCCUGGACCCCAGCAAAAGCAGUGUGGGUUCCUAUUUCCACACCAUGGUGGAGAACCUUGUGGGCUGGGGCUACACACGAGGUGAGGACGUGCGGGGGGCCCCCUAUGACUGGCGCCGAGCUCCAAAUGAAAACGGGCCCUACUUCCUGGCCCUCCGCGAGAUGAUCGAGGAGAUGCACCAGCUGUAUGGGGGCCCCGUGGUGCUGGCUGCCCACAGUAUGGGCAACAUGUACACACUCUACUUUCUGCAGCAGCAGCCACAGGCCUGGAAGGACAAGUAUAUCCAUGCCUUUGUGGCACUGGGUCCGCCCUGGGGGGGCGUGGCCAAGACCCUGCGCGUCCUGGCCUCAGGAGACAACAACCGGAUCCCGGUCAUUGGGCCCCUGAAGAUCCGGGAGCAGCAGCGGUCUGCCGUCUCCACCAGCUGGCUGCUGCCCUACAACUACACCUGGUCACCCAACAAGGUCUUCGUGCACACACCCACAGCCAACUACACGCUGCAGGACUAUCGCCGCUUCUUCCAGGACAUCGGCUUCGAAGACGGCUGGCUCAUGCGGCAGGACACGGAGGGGCUGGUUGAGGCCAUGGUGCCACCUGGCGUGCGACUGCACUGCCUCUACGGCACUGGUGUCCCUACGCCAGACUCCUUCUACUAUGAAAGCUUCCCGGACCGCGACCCGAAAAUCUGCUUUGGUGAUGGUGACGGCACUGUGAACUUGCAGAGCGCCCUGCAGUGCCAGGCUUGGCGCGGCCGCCAAGAGCAAAAAGUGUCAUUGCAGGCACUGCCGGGCACCGAGCACAUCGCGAUGCUGGCCAACGCCACUACCCUGGCCUAUCUGAAACGCGUGCUCCUCGGGCCCUGAUUCCUAUGCUGGGCAGGGCUCUGGGAUGGCCUGGCCACCACUGCUUCUCCUGGCCUCUGGGGCAACCAUGGCACAUGAGUUGAGCAGUUUGUGACUGAUCAUCUAAGGCCCUGGAUCUUGGGUUGUGAAGUGGGGAAAUGCUGGGUUUUUUAUCCUUCCUCUCUGGGAAUGAGGAAGGAAGACAUAGUCUGAACUUACUUGAGGGACCCUUGGAAAGAAUGCUGCUGAUGGUGGAAUUGUGACCUCAGGACUGGCUCCGCAGGUGGAUUGGCUGGCACCUGGCCCCAAUCCCCAGUGCUGGGGCCUUGUGUUCCUCCUACCCCUGUGGCCUUUUCACACUCGCCCACUAGGGCCUGGCUCCUCAGCUUUCUUGUGAGGGAUGUUACUGAACUGUGGUCCCUAGGUUGGGCUCCUGGUCCCUAGGGUGUACCUUCUCACACAUUGGCCACAAGUUGGCCUGCUACUGGCCAUGGGUGGCUGGAGCUGCUGUCUUCGCUGUGGCCUAGCUGCUCACACAGCGUGACUGUGGCUUUCUGGGGGCAGCCCGGUUCCCCCUGCAGGCAGGGGUGGGUUGUUAUGUUAUCCAUGGUUCCCAGGCCCUGGGGCAUUCACUCCUACCUCCCUUACUUCUAAGAACAGCCUAGCUCAGGGCUGGGCAGCAGAUGGCCCCCCAGUUCUCGGGGCUGUGUCCCAGGAGCCCUGAUCUCCUUGGUUGGGCUGUUGCCCACAGUAUUGAUGCUGCCUCCCUUUGCCCUGGGGCUGUGGUUCAAGAAUGAGAGCAGAGCCUGGUGCCAUGCCCUUUAGGUACUCAUGAAGAAAGAGAACUCAAGGAAGCAGCCAAGGCCAAUCAGAGCCACACUGAGCUGCCCUCUUGCUGACCCUCCACCACAUUGCCACUGCCCAGGAUCUCUCUAGCAUUCACAUGGGCUGGCACAGGACUGAGAGGAGGUAGGACUCUUGCCCACUCUGCCCAGCACCCAUCCCCACCAGGCAGCUCAGUGGUGUUUAGUCAGCAGGGACUUGCCCAGAAACUUGAGUGGGCCCCUGAGAGAGCCAGGGGCCUUAGGGGCCCCCUAGGGGUUUUCUUCCUGCUCCAGAGGUGCUGCAUGGAUCUCCCUGUGAUAGCAGGGAUGGAGGAUGUGGAUCUGCCUUGGUGGUCUCCAAGUGGGCAAUGCCUAAAGGCCAAGACUUGGGUCUAGCCUCUGGGGUGGAGCCCCAAAGCCACAGUCAGGCUGGACUGUGCUUCGCUCCUACAAGGUUUCUGUGAAGCGGAAUUUUCUCUGUUGCAUUCAUACCCAGCAUCUGUCUCUCCCUUUGUUCCUGAGUGGUGGGCCCCACAUGGGGCUCUGAGCAGGCUGUACCUCGAUUCUGGCAAUAAAAGUAUUCUGGAUGCUGUAAA